AUGGCUCUUGUCGGUUACUCAGAUAGCGAGGGUUCUGACUCGGAAUCCCCGAACGUUGGCCCCAUCCCCGCCACCACGAAACCCUCAGUCAAACAAGGAACUUUCCAAAAACUAGUCACCCCUUCUGCGCCACGGAAAAUCAAAGUCGAUCUACCUGCCGUGCAGCCAGAGGCCGAAGCAGAUGCCCCUCCAGCGAAGAAGUCUCGUACUGCUGGAAAGUUUGGCGGCUUCAACUCCUUCUUGCCUGCUCCGAAACGCACAGCCGACGCCAAAAAGGGCCUUGGGUCUGGUGUGAACCUCAAGACUGGCGCUGAGCCUGCCUUCAGCAGAGAAAGAGUAGAGCCAGACCCUUCCGCGUUAGCUCCAGCCGCGACGAGCGAAGAGAUCAAGGACAAUCCAGAAACGUCAAUACCAGCACCGUUCCAGGACGAACCGCCGCAAGAGGUCAAACCAAUGGGCAACGCCAUGAAGUUCAAGCCUCUGUCUGUCAGUCGGAAAAAGGCUCCCAAGAAGAAAAUCAUGCCCAGCGCUGCUCCUGCUGCUCCGUCACCUGUCGCGCAACCGCUCACAGAGACGCCAAAGCCUCCUGCACCCAAGCCAAAGAUCUCCUUGUUUUCGGUCACUCAGCACGACAAUUCAGCACCAGCAUCAUCCUCCGUAUCAGAAUAUCAGCCUCUUUUCGCCGAGCCAGAAGUAGCGCCCGCCGAAGCUCUUGACUCGACUGUGGCCGCCCCAGCUUCCAUACCCUCAGAUCCCAACUCUCUCACUGCCAUUGCCGACGACCUAGGUCUAUCAGCAGCAGAGCGAAGAAGAUUGUUCGGUCGUAACAAAGAUGCUGCUGCACUCGCCAAUGUCACGUAUCUCAACAUGGAAGAAGAAUACAACAACAAUGAGCAGCUUCGUAUCCAAGGCCAGGCUGUCGAGCACAGGGCUGUCAAGGCUGUUGCUCCCGGAAAGCACAGCUUGCAGCAGCUUGUCAACUCUGCUUCCACGCAGAAGGAGGCUUUGGAAGAUGCCUGGGCUCAAGGCCGUAGGAAUAAGGCUGAGGCUGGUAGCCAUUAUGGUUUCUAA